CCCUUCUGCCAUACCUUUCGCUUUCGUCUCCGUCGUCAUCAUCAUGACACCUAUUCUAAAAUCCCUUUUGGCCAUAGUCCCCUGCAAUUAUGCGAAAAAACUAGAUCGCAAUCGCUACAAAACAAACCCAAUUCACCCAGAAUCCCCAUGUUUUCAUUCGCUUACCCCUACCCAUUUCCGCUGCUUCUGCUCUUACCAGCCAAGCUUUCCUCGCCAAAAGGUUUUGUGCCUUCACAUCAUCUUUGUUGGUUUAUGGCAAUAAUGCAACCUCUUUUCUUCUUUCUGCCUCAGAAGAAAGGGUUUUACUCCUGAGGCUUCUUUCAGUUGAAUCAAGCGUUUUGGGGGAUUUUAGACUUUUUGGGUGGGGAUGAUUUUGAAUCUGCAGCAGAAGGGUGAGGAGGUGAGAAAGGAAGCAGAUGGUGUUGAUCAGAGAGUUGUGGUGGUGGCUAUUAAAGCUUCUAAGGAAAUCCCAAGAACCGCCCUGGUUUGGGCUCUCACCCAUGUUGUUCAACCCGGGGAUUGCGUCAAUCUCUUGGUUCUCAUCCCUGCCCAGACCUCCGGUAAAAAACUAUGGGGUUUUCCAAGAUUUACCAGUGAUUGCACCAAUUACAGGAGGUCUCUGUCGGGAACCAGUUCAGAUCAGAAGGAUGAUAUUACAGAUUCAUGCUCCCAAAUGAUGCAUCAACUCCAUGAUUCUUAUGACUCGGACAAGAUAAACGUGAAGAUAAAAAUUGUUUCUGGCUCACCAUGUGGGGCAGUGGCUGCUGAAGCCAAGAAAGCUCAAACAAACUGGGUUGUACUGGAUAAACAACUCAAAAAUGAGGAGAAAAUCUGCAUGGAAGAGCUGCAAUGCAAUGUUGUGGUUAUGAAACGAUCUCAGCCAAAGGUUCUUCGUUUGAACUUGGUUGACUCACCUAAGAUAGAGUCUCAAGUUGCCUGCCACUUACUAUCUGCUUCAGAAUCAUCUGCAAUGCAUCAAAGUAACAAGCAGGAUCUCUUGAACACAAUUCAAGGACUGGCUGUAACUCCAGCCAGCAGCCCAGACCAAGGGACGUUGUUUACUGCAACUGAUGUGGGCACAUCACCAAUGUCAAGCUCCGAUCCAGGGGCAUCACCAGUUUUCAUAUCUAGAGUUAAUGGGGACCUGGAUAGUGAGGGAACAUUAAACAAAAAAGAAAAUAAAAAUCUGGACAAAUCUGAAUCUGGCACAGACGAUGAAAAAUUGAGCCCACGUCUAACAUAUUUUCAGCCAUGGAUGGCAGAUAUUCUUGAUUCUGGUGGUAAAUUCUCUAGGCAUUUAUUAGAACGGUCACAAAACCUAUGCUAUAGAGCUCAAACUUCCACAUCUGAAGCCUUGUUGGAUAAAGGCUCUAAAUGUCACCGGGAAUGUGGAAUUGAACUGCCAAAAUGUAGGCUUGAUCUGGAUUUGAGCAAGAAUGUGAGAGAAGUAAUUUCAUUAUCCAGAAAUGCACCUCCUGUGCCACCUCCAUUAUGUUCGAUAUGUCAACACAAGGCACCUGAAUUUGGAAAGCCUCCAAGAUGGUUCACAUAUGCAGAGUUGGAUCUUGCUACAGGUGGAUUUUCACAAGCUAAUUUCUUGGCCGAAGGUGGAUAUGGCUCUGUACACCGGGGGAUUUUACCAGAUGGCCAGGUCAUUGCUGUCAAACAACACAAAUUGGCUAGUUCUCAAGGUGAUUUAGAGUUCUGUUCUGAAGUAGAAGUCCUGAGCUGCGCACAGCAUCGUAAUGUUGUGACGCUGAUUGGUUUUUGUGUCGAGGACAAAAGGAGGUUGUUGGUUUAUGAAUAUAUUUGCAAUGGAUCUUUGGAUUCUCAUCUUUAUGGGCAUAAUUGUGACCCCUUAGUAUGGUCUGCACGACAAAAAAUUGCUGUUGGUGCAGCUCGAGGGUUAAGAUAUCUUCAUGAAGAAUGCAGAAUGGGUUGUAUUGUGCAUCGUGAUAUGCGGCCAAACAAUAUCCUUGUUACCCAUGAUUUUGAACCAUUGGUUGGGGAUUUUGGACUGGCAAGGUGGCAACCAGAUGGGGACAUGUCUGAGCAAACAAGAGUGAUUGGGACAUUUGGGUAUUUGGCUCCAGAAUAUGCUCAAACUGGUCAAAUUACAGAAAAAGCUGAUGUUUAUUCCUUUGGGGUAGUUCUAGUGGAGCUUGUUACAGGACGGAAAGCUGUGGACAUAAACCAGCCCAGGGGCCAGCACUGCCUUACUGAAUGGGCACGCCCUUUGCUUGAAGAACAUGCCAUUAGUGAACUCAUUGAUCCACACCUAAUGAACUCCUAUUCAGAACAAGAGGUUUAUAACAUGCUGCAUUGUGCGUCUUUGUGCAUUCAACGGGAUCCUCAGUCAAGGCCUCGCAUGUCACAGGUUCUUCGCAUAUUGGAAGGUGACUUUGUCAUCCCAACUGGUUUCUCCUUAACUUCUGGAUGUGAUUGCGGAAAACCCAGUGGAAGAAUGAGGCCAAAACAGCAGCAGCAGCAGCAGCAGCAGCAAUGUCAACAUUACAGUAAUCCAGUUUUGAAGGAGGAAGUAAAAGUUGCAAGUAGGAAGGUCCCUUGCCACACACAGAAGGGCGGUUUGGUCGGGGAGAAAAAGGGUAGGGCGCCCCGUGCGAGGACACAGCUGACAUGAUGUGCUAUCUUCCUUCACUUUAUCCUACCCUUGUUCUUUCAUCCUUUCCUUUUCUUCUCCCUUUGCCUUUUCUAGUACACACAAUAUAUCAUAGAUUUUGGUUGUUUAUAGUUGCAAGAUACAAAAGCGCGAAUUUCUUUUCAUUCCCAAGUAAGGUAGAAAUUGUAAAUGUCAUUUCUCGUCUGAUGUAUUUGUUACCCUGCUACUGAAUUUUGGGAUGGGAUGUAAUGCAAGUCUGCCCUUCUGUUUGGAGUGGUUAGAAACCCCAUGGGCAAAUUGAAACUACCUCUGCUUACUCUUACUGUACUGUACAAUAUGGUCAAGGGCCUAUAAACAAAUCUCUCUACUUGAAGGGAAUUCAUGAUAGUAUUACUCUCA